UCUUGUGUACUCACAUGCGGAAAUUACCCUACAAUUGAAACGCGCCAUCUGCCAGCCGUAAAUAUAAACAAGCUACUACAGUAGGUAGGCCACGUGCCCAGUAGUCGAAAAUCGCGUCUACCGGGAUUGCUUUGUUAUAUCAAUUAAACUUUUUAAGUUUGCCUUCGAUCUUAUUGCAAAUAAAAAAACCUGAAAAACGAAUAAUUUGGAUAGGAAAAAUAUUCUAAAUCGUCGAAAGUUAGGAAUAUCGAAUACCUUAGUCGCCGAAUUACGCUUACUCCAUUCUCAAUACUUUACGCAAAUUUAAAUGCUAAUUUUGAGAAGGCAACUUGCAUAUUUGCUUUAUCAGUGUAGACGUUAUUGUUCUGAAUCUUUCCAAACGUCUUCGUGGCAGAUAAGUAGAUAUGGUGGGCCAGAAGAAUUAAAGUUAAACAUUUCCGAAUUACCAUAUAUAUCUAGACCGAAUGAUGUCUUGGUUCAGAUUCAUGCGGCAAGUGUCAAUCCUAUUGACGUUCAAAUGCUUAAUGGAUAUGGCUCUCAAGCGAUUGCCAUUUUACGUAAAAUAAAUAACUGUUCAUUUGACGUACCAGAAUUUCCUAUUACAUUGGGUCGAGAUUUUUCUGGUGUUGUUAUAGAUGUUGGACAGACUGUUAAGAAAUUAAAGCGUGGAGAUCAAGUGUGGGGUGCUACAGGACCAGAAAAAAUAGGAAGUCAUGCAAAGCACAUUCUUAUUGAUUCUUCAAAUAUAUCGCUCAAACCAACAUCGAUCGAUCACGUCCAGGCUGCAUCAUUGCCUUAUGCUGCAUUAACAUCUUGGAGUGCCUUAUGUUGGUUUGGGGGACUAUCAAAAUCAUCUGCUUGGAAUUCUAGAGUUCUAGUGUUAGGAGGUUCUGGAGGUGUUGGAAGUUUUUCAAUACAGUUAUUAAAGGCAUGGAAUGCAGAAGUUACAGUAACUUGCAGUACGGACGCUGUCGAAAUGCUUGAAAAUCUGGGAGCGGAUUGUGUUUUAGAUUACAGAUCACAAGACAUUAAAACUCAUUUAAGUCAAAUGGAUGGAUUUGACUUUAUUUUGGACUGUGUUGGUGGUGAAAGUAAAAAUUUUGCAUUAAACUUGCUCAAAAAGUGGAAAAAUUGUAAAUAUGUGACACUGGUCUCUCCUCUCUUAAAUUAUACGGAUAAAUAUGGAGUAAUUGCUGGUUCAUUAUUUUCUUUAGGAGAAGCUGCUUUAGAUACAAUUCAAGGUGGACAGAAUGGUCAAGCCGUUAGAUGGGCAUAUUUUUGUCCGAGUGGCGAAACUUUAAGUACCAUUAAAACUAUGGUAGAUGAUGGAAAGAUUAGUCCUGUUGUGGAACAAGUUUUUCCGUACGAAGACACUCCCGAAGCCUAUAGAAAAGUGUUGGCAGGCCAUGCGAGAGGAAAAACAGUUAUCCGAGUAGAGGAUUAAAAUCAACAGUUAUAAAUAGAGUUAUCUGAUAAUUAGACUUUUUUUUUGUGAAAUAAACAAAAUUUCUUAAUGACAAA